AUCUGCCACACUGACUCAUCAGGCCUGCCCACGCUCUUUUGAGAAUCCACCAUUUCCACAAGGUUCCCUCAAACAUGGCCGCCUUAGCAACCACACGAUGUGCCGAACAACACUGCUCGCAGGGAGAUGGAGACUCCAGCAGUACCCAGCAGCUCUGCAUAUCACCUCCUGUCAGCAGUGACUGCAGUGAUCAGAGGCAGAGAGCUGCACUGUUUCUCAGGGAAGCUGAGAAAAACAGGAGGCUGAUUGAAAAGUUGGAGAAGGAGAGGACACUGAGUGUUCAGUGCAGGAAGAAUGGGUGGACAGAUGUGCCUGGAGAACUGGAGCAGUACGAGAAAGUGCUGGAGGAAGAAAGAAAUGCUGAGAAGGUGAAUCUUCAGAAGCAGCUAGUGAAGAUUCAUAAUGGUGUGAGGAAAUUUCAGAGACAGCUAACAGAUGUGAAGCCGACUCCUGAGUUGAUUGAAAGACUGGAGGAAAUAAUGUCAGAGGUGGAAAUCUCAAUAAACACCCUAAAGGAGGAGCAGCGGUCAUGUUUUGAGGAACUUAUGAAGGAGGAGAGGACGUGCAGACAGGAGAUCGCUGCUUAUGAGAAGAAGAUUGAAAACUGGAGCCUUGCUGUCAAAUUAGACCCCAAACUACCCACAGCCCCCACUGUUAAGACCAAACCCCCGGACAGAGACCUCCCUGCAGAGGUCAGAGCACUGGAGGCUUUCCUGCUGAAGACAGGAGGUCCUUGUGGUGGCUGGGACCAAUAUGACCACCAAGCCUUCCUCAAAGUCUGGACAAAGCACAGUGGGCGAGCAGCCUACAGGAAGGAGGCCAAGCUGUACCUGCCUGGUAAAACACUGGAGGAGAUAGAGGAACAUGAGGACUGGUAUCAGGAGCUGAUCCACUUGCAGGACAGAAAGAGAGAGGCUAUUCAGCGGUGGAAAGCCAGCAAGCAUCAGGAACGCCAGACCAGAAUACAAAGUCAGGAGGAGGCAGAGGAGGCAGGAAGGAGGGAGAAGGAGGCCAAGAGCAAAGCCCACCAACACAGAACUGAGGAGGAGAAGAGGGAGGCAGCACGUCAACUGGAGGAGUGGAGGGAGGAGAAGAGAAGAAACGAGGAACAGGAAGAGGAGCAGAGGCUGGCAGAGGAGAUACAGAAGAGGAGGCAGGCAAAGGAAGCGCGUCGCCGCCAGCUGGAAGUGAAACUGACAAUUGAGGAGCAGCUACGACUAAAGAGAGAGGAGGAGGAGGAACAGAGGAGGAGGUUAAGAGAGGAGGAAGAGAGGGAGAUGGAGGAGAGGAGAAGGGAGGCAACAAAGGGCAUCAAACGCUUUAAUGAGAGGGACCUUAAACAGGUGGAGGCAAAGCUUCAGAAGAAACAGCUGAGGGAAAAAGAGGAAGAGGAAAGACAGAAGAGAAUCACUGCUAAGUUGAAAGAGAAGGUGGACAGUCACAUCAGCAGAGACCCCUCCAGGCUUACCCGUCCCACUAAGGGAUGGGAAGAGCGAAUGAAACACGUUGGACCUUCAGUAGGAGGGCCUAUGUUACAGAUGUUUCACAGAGCUGUUCCCACAUGGAGACAAGGCCUGUGAUAAGCAACAGUGGACGUCAACUGAACAAUCCUGAGAUGCAUUCAAUGUGUUGUCUGUUUUUAUAGUAAUUAAAUUCAAUGAAAAAAAUUACACUAAAGGCCUUUAGCACCAGAUUGUGCCUUUUUUUUAAUCUACUGUGUGCUGCUGUUUUAGGUUUUGUACAAUCUAUGAAUUAUAAAACUGUAAAAUAAAAGCUUGUCACA